AUGUUUUCUGUAAGGCGUAUCCCCUCUGUCUCGCUGACACGGGUUUUCACUCAAAAUUCCAAUGCCAUCCAAAGGCGCUCGUUUGCCGCGUCAUCUAGAUGUCCUCGCCCAUCAUCUUUUACCAAUGCCGUAGUCUUCCAUCCAAGGUCAGAGCGGCGACAUGCCGUAGCCUCCAAGACUACUCGACGAAGCAUAUCAUCAACGUUCACGCCCCCGCCAUCUGCGCAGUCUGUUCUUCGGGAGGUACUUCAUGCCGACCGCCACGAUAAAUGGGGAUGGGUCAUCUACCGCUGUACCUACGACGACGACGAAGCCUGGUCCCGGUUCAAGCAGAUCGUCACCGAUAGGUCUCGAGAAGAGCUCAUGAAAUCAGAUGCACCGGAACUACUUGAUUCGCUCGAGUGGACUUUCGUCGAGGAUCGUGAGACCCUCGAGGGCGCUACCAAAGCUGAGCUUCGCCCGCGCUUCCUCGCAUGGGCCAAAGAUGCCUACAAGCUCGAACAACCACGCGCUCACGACACUGGUAAUUGCUUAUUAGAUUUUCCUCGGUACAACUAUUUCAUCCACAUGGACGAGCCUGCUUUGCGAAGCGUGGUUUAUGGGCAUCCCGAUGAUUAUUGGGAAGAGGGAUGGGUUAACCUUGUCAGGGCUUGUUGGAAGCCCCAGGGCCCGCCGGUAUAUACUGAGGAGGAAAUCGCUGCCCUCGAGGCCCCGGGCGGGGUUCAUGACGAAGACGAUGUGCAUGAUCCCAUUGAGGGCUGCACGGAGGAGGAUGUUGGAUGGAUGAGGAUGGUAUCAGGGAUGAUGCAUAGCGAGUUCUACGAGGCGAUAUACGGCUUUGAUAGCUGGUAUCCUUUUUAUCAGCGUCCGCCGGAAAUAGGGGUUGAGCCCAUCUUCGCCGGCGAGCAAAGUCGAGGAGGCAUUGCGCCUUCAAAUACAAUUUUUCCAGGUGGUGCCCACUCCCCCAAGACCGCCGCCGCUGCCGCCACCACCACCAUGGACCGCGACAAUGACCCACACGCCACGGCCUCCGACAUCAUCACCUACAUCGGUGUGCCCCUCGCCGUGCUCGGUGUGCUCCCCAUCCUCUACAACACCGUCGUGACGCUCGCCGCACUCUCCAAAAUCAAGCGCAUGCUCCGCCACAGCGAACUCAAGGCCCUCACGCGUAGCGACGUAGUCAACCGCGUCAUCGAGGUCGAGCUCCCCCGCUACGCAGUCACGCCCCUCGAUAGGUUAGAGCAGCGCGACGAGUACUGGACGCUGAGCCGACACCCGAGCAACAUCCCCGGCGGCUCGUGGACGACUUUUAACUGGAGGACGAACGCCAUCGGAAUUAAGACGCAGAGGGUCGAAUAUGCUGAUCAGUUGCGGCAGCCGCAGGUUGAUGUUGAUUUUGGCGAGUUGGUUUCGUACUUGCUGGAUUUGGGCGCCGUUCCGGAUCCGUAUGGUUGGAGGCUUUUGAAGACGACGGGGUUGUGGACGCCUGUUGGGUGUGCGCUUAUGAUGUCGCCGGAUGGGAAUCAUAAGGCGUUGACGGUUGCGCCGUUGGAUGAUUCGGAUGGGAACCUUUCUUUGGCGGUCCAUUGGUCUAGUUACUGGACGACGAGGAGUCAUAGUUCUUUACCUCCUUACUGGGUUAGGAUUCCCGCCCCACAGAUUGUGGCUCCUGAGCCUUCGGAAGGCGGCCAAGGAUCGUCGUCUGCGACGCUCUUGGAGCAGGAACAGGAACCCGCAUCCCCUUCCAAAUCGGUGAAAACCGGUGCUAAAUCCGUCAACGGCUCACUAUCCGACUCCCUCCAACAGGAAGCUGACGCCAACACACGCCGGGCCAUCUCCUGCCACAUCUCCACCCAUGGCCUCAUCACCGCCCUGCCCACCGACGAAUCGGGCAGCAUCAUCUCUGACGGUCUCUACAUCGACCACCUCCGCAUCACGCAGCUUUCGACCAAUGGCGUCUGGUUCGCCAGUGCCGUGACGGCCUUUGGCACCUCGGGACAGACGAUCCUCUGGAACUACAAGAUCCCUGACGAGAUCCUUUCCUUUUCACGCAAGGAUAGUGUUCCCUGCGGGGUCAUGGAGAUGCUUGGUGUGGUUACUGAUGAUGACACGCCGGAGUGGGCUACUAAGUAUGAUGACUCGAGUGUAAGGCUCGAGAUGCAAUGGAGGAAGGCCCAGGAGCGAAUGAGGCAGAUUACGGCGGAGAAUGCUAUGCCCCCCGCGCAACGGGCGCAAGCGAUGAGGGAAAGGGUACAAAAGGAGGGUAUGGACCAGCUGAACGAGAUGCGUGACCGGAUGCGGCUAGAAAAGCAACGACAAGAAACCCGCAUGGCCGAAGCAUUCCAGUCCCCCAAGUGGAACGCGACGCUAGUAGCUGAGCACAACCUCCGCUGGCUCAAGUCCAAGGGACACGUCAACGAGUUCCUCAGCAUCAAGGAGGCGGCCGGCACGAUACUCCACCGGAUGAUACUCGACGGGCAGUUCGCCAACUCGAUAUGCCGCAUCCUCGACAUGUGGAAGACGUGGACGGAUAACGCCGGCAUGCGGAAUUCAGAUUUCGAGGCGCUCAAGGAGGAGCAGGUGGUGUUUGCUCAGGCGACUUUGCUGGUUUCGGUGAUUAGGGAGACGGGUAAGGGGGAGACGCAGGUGUCGGUGGCGCUGGACUUGCAAGAGUGUUUGAGGUUAUGGAAGAAGGUGAGGUUGGGUUAG